UGAGUCUCCUGUCCAGAUCAGGGCUCCGAAUCGGAAUCUCAUACUGGACCAGGCAGCUGGUCAGAACACGAUCGGACCCAUCAGCUCUGUGGGCCGUGGCUCAGGCGUCUGCAAAGAGCAACAGACCCAGAACCAACGACCCCAAGCGGGGUCUUGAAGCGGGUUCGAUCAGAACCAGCGUUACCCAUUAACAUUGCGACGCUUUACUGCCCGAAUUGGAGCCGGACCGCGAUGCAGUUCUAAUUACAGCGCAAUUCAGGGAAUCAGACCGGGUCCGAUGGAUAACGCUGAGAAUUCAGGUCCAGAACCUACAACAGAAAAGAAACGCGAACCCAGUCCCAUUGCUCCCGACAGCGCGAUCCCCGAACCGGCGCAGAAACGGAAAAGCGACGAGACCGAGGAGCCAGGACGCCGCCGCGGCAAGAGGCGGAGAGGCGCCGGGGGCAAGAAGCUCCCUCCUGGGGAGAGAUACGUACCCCCGCCGCAGAAACGAAACCCGGGCGUCAGCUUCAGCCAGGAGCACUUCCAGGAGACGAGUUAUUACUUCGAGGGCGGGCUCCGCAAGGUGCGCCCGUACUACUUUGACUUCCAGACCUACUGCAAGGGGCGCUGGGUCGGCAAGACCCUGCUGGAGGUGUUCAGCUCGGAGUUCCGGGCCGAGCCCGUCGAGUACUACCGACAGGCAGCGGCAGCCGGCCGGAUCAGACUCAACGAGGAGCCCGUGCGGGACCUGGGCAUCCUACUGAAGAACAAUGAUUUCCUGCGGAACACGGUUCACCGCCACGAGCCCCCGCUGGAGAAGGAGUAUGUGUGCCGGGUUCGAGGGCAGUUCCCUGAGGGGGAGGUUGUAUGCGAGGAGCCCAUCCUCGUGGUGUCCUACAAGGUGGGUGUGUGUCGCGUGGACCCUCGUGGAAAGCCGUGUCGCACAGUGUUCCGCUGGCUGCACUGGGACAGCCGCAGUGGCUCCAGUGUGGUCAGCUGCCUGCCCCUCACAGGACGGACGCACCAGAUCCGCGUUCACCUGCAGUUCCUGGGGCACCCCAUCUACAGCUCCCCCGUCUGGGGGCCCGAGGGGGGCCGGGGCGGCGCGGACCUCAGCAACGAGGAGCUGCUCCGGGCUCUGGUGGAAGAACACCGGGUUAACGAGAGCCUGCAUCUCCUGGACAUCGCGGAGGGGGAAAUCGACCAGGGGACGACACCCCAGGGGCUGGGGCUAAGUAAGGACGGCGCAGGGACAUGUCAGGCUGGAGAAAAUGUUUUGAAUGAGGUUGCUGGCUCUGGUGCGCCUGCUCAUCAAACUGAAAGCGAUCACAGCAUGAAUAAAGGGACAGGAAAGGGUUCGGGCUGCUGUGACGUGCCUGAAGGAAGUUCAUGUGCCCAGGGAGUUCCUCCAGCUGAUGACGCAGACCUCAAGGAAACAGCGGCAGAAAAUCCUCAUGCCGACGCAGUCAGGGAGAUGCAGGCCGGCACUGAGGCGGAUGCCCCGGGCUCGCCCCCGGUUAAGGACCCCCUGUGCAGUGAGUGCAGGAUUGAAAGGCAGGACCCCACGGAGAAGGAGCUGGUUAUGUAUUUACAUGCGCUGCGAUAUAAAGGACCCGACUUUGAGUACUCCACCCGAUUGCCUGAAUGGGCUCGGGAGGGUGAGGCUUAGGACUGAGGGAGAGUGAGG